AUCAAUUCGUGUUCAAGACGAUCGUUUUAUUUUGUGUUUUAUUAGGUAUCUAAUGUUAGUUAAUAUCUAAUGUCUAACGUACAUUAAGUGGUAAAUAAUUUUAUAAAAUCAAAACGAUCAUAUGGCAGUAUUGUUACCUAAUCAUGACUAUUCUAGAAAUCAACAAGAAACUUUUACUGAUGAAAAUGCAUUAUUUUAUAGGAAUCGGUGGUAAGGAUAUAUAAUUAUUUUCACUUAAUACCAUUAUGUGCGCAGGUUCCUUAAACUACACAUAAAAUAAAAUUAAACAUACCUGAUAAUUUCCACGGAAAAAAAAUAUGCCUAGUUAGAUAGUUUAUACUAUCACCUUUAUUUAUAUACAUAGUUUUUUUUUUUUUUAAAUCUGGUUAGAUUUUUGUUUAUGCGGUAAACUAAAAUAAUAUAUAUAUGUGGAUAAAUUGAAUUUGAAAGCUAUUACUAUUGCAUUUGAAAGUCGAUUCAAAGUAAAAACUGGAUAAAUAAAUAGUCAACUUUCAGUAUCUAUAAAACUAAUUUUUUUUAAAGACAACGAUGAUUAAAAUUCGGAGGGAAAUAUAAUUUCUAAUUUUGUCUGCAAUAAAGUUUCAAUUUUCAAUUCAAUUUCUAGAAACAAGAGAUAGAAUAAUAUAAAAAGCAUUUCUUGUUUGUUAGCUAAAAGUUCCCUCGUAUUAUUAUAAGUUUAUUAAAAUUAGUUAAAAGUAAUAAUUUGUGAAUUUAAACCAAAAAUACAGAUUACAAUCUACUGAAAUAACUAAAAUGUUUUGUCAUUAUCACCACCAUACUAAUUCAUUAGUGAAGUAUUCUACUAGUGGUAUUUAGUGGAUCUAUAGAACAAUUUUUAUAAAACUUAUGUUAAAAUUAUAUUUUAUAAUAUAUAAAUUUUUAAACAAAGUAUAUAAUGCGUAAAAGAUCUGCUAGGUUCAAAGACCUUGCGAACAAAAGUAAAAUGAAAAAUUAUAAUAAUUGUCUAGUUAAAGUAUAUUUUUCAAAAUUUUUCUGAGUUUUAACCUUCAAAACAAUUUUUUUUUUUUUAAAAAACAAUUUAUUACUUUCAAUUCAGGUUAUGCACCGUUUUCGCCGUUUAUGGCAACGAUAGCAAAGCAAAGGGGAUAUUCGGCCGUGAUUGUCGGUUUGAUCUUUAUGGUGCAACCGAUUCCGGGAUUGUUCAUCAGGCCAGUUAUCGGUGUCAUCACAGACAAAUUCAAAUGUAGACGAUCGGCGUUUAUUUCGAGCACAAUAAUAAUAUUUAUAUCAAUAUGGUUACUGUCGAUAAUACCUGGCACUACGUCGAAAGCAGAAAUAAACGAUUUGGACGUGGUCAAGUCACCGCUGUUUUGGUUAUUUUUCGCUGCUAUCAUUUUGAUGGCCAUGUGCGAUACGAUAAAGAACGUUAUGGAGGAAACAAUAUGCACGAGUUUGUUAGGUAAAUAAAUAAUUCACCUUAUGUUUUAUGAAAGCCGAUUGAGUAGCAUGAAUGAAAAUAGGGGGGAGGGCUAGAGGAGGCUAAUUUACCAAAAAAUUGUUUUGUUUUGUUUUUGUUUUUUUUACGAAGGUGUAAACAAAUAUCUGUAUGGAAAACAAAGAUUGUGGGGAUCUCUCGGAUUCGGUAUUUUUGCGAUUAUUUCCGGUGCUUGUGUAGAUUGGUACAGUAAAGGACAAGAGUACAAAAACUAUACUCCCGCUUUUACCAUUUCAUUAGUGUGUUUUUUUUGCGAUAUAAUUAUCGUAUCGAAUAUUGAGGUAUGUACAAUUUUAUCAAAAUUUUUUUUUUUUCAAUUUUCAAGUAUUUUAACUGUUUGUUUGAUCAAUAAUAUUUUUAUGUCAUAAUAAAGUACAUAUACUUGUACAUCAAAUAUUGGAUGAAAAAUUAAUUUGCGCACAAAGUGAAAUUAAAAAAAAAAAAUUAACCGCACUUUUUUCUGAAUAAUUAAAAAAAAACUGGUACAUCGUUUUCGUUAAAAUUGUAUGUGAUUAAUUAAGCGAUUUAAAACAAUAUGUUUGAACCGCCCAAGUAUGAAAACUAUUAUAUACAAUUCAUAAAGGCUCAUCAAAAGACUUAGAUGGCACCUUAUAGCUAAGUAUAAAAGAAUUUAUUUAUGAAACGUUAUAAUAUUUUGUUUUUCAACAGGUCAUACAAAAUAGUAGUAUCAAAUAUGUAGCUUCUGAUUUGACAAAAAUUCUCACCAAAUUGAAAGUUAGAACGUUUUUACUUUGGGCAGUUUUGUUUGGAUUUUUAAUGGCGUUUAUAACGCACUUUGUGUUUUGGUGAGCAAUAAAUAAAAUAUAAAAUUAUACGUGGUAAUAUUAUAACUAGAUGCCAAGCUUUACUCAAAUAAUGCAAAUACAUUCAUUAUUAUACCUGCCUAUACAUAUAAUUAUAUUUUCUUUUACUUAUACAAAAAAACAAAAACAACUUCUUUGCUGAAAAAUUGGCUACAGUUUAUUCGUUAAAAACAAUGUACUCUUAAUUUCGUGGCAUUCGCUGGUCGAACGGUACGUAGUGACUAUAAUUUAUUAGGUUUACUAUACAACGGCACCGUCGAAUAAUAUAAUAAUACAUUUAGAAUAAUAAUGGAAUAUUUUAAACAUGGUUCUCGUGACAUUAUUUCUGCGUUACAAACAUUGAGUAGGUAUUUUAACAUUUCUAUAGUAAAACAAUCAUUGGUUUUUUUUCUAACCUUUUCAAUAAAAUGCUGUUUUUAUUUUUCACUUUUCACUUUACACGAAUUGAAACUGAAAUUUAAAACUCCUUUUUCGCCAUGUUGUUCGACUCUUGCCCAUGCUUGAAAUUUUAAAUUUCUAAGUACCACACAUUUCGUACAGAACUGGUAUUUAUUGUUAUUAUUAUUUUAUUGAUUUACAUUGAACAAAAACCGUGUAAAAGGAAUUUUAAAAAAUAACUUCCGGAAUGCACCAACUAGAUAAAAAAAAUUCAAUCCGAAACUUUUUUGAGUUAAACAUGUUUUUUGGCCAAGGCCAUAGUAACAAUCAUAUGUAAUAUUUAAUUUAAACUAAAAUAGCUCAUUUAUAACUACUAUAAUAUAUAAAUAAAUAUAGGUAUCUAGAAGAUUUGUCGACUAUAUUUCAUCCCGAAAAAAAAUCUUGGAUGAAAACCCUCCAAGGAAUGUCCGUGAUAAUGAGGUGUGUUAGCGGAGAAGUACUGUCUUUCUUUUUAUCCAGUACGACGUGAAGUUUGUUCGAAAUAAUUUUACAUUACUUAAGCCAGUUGUAAUUAUUAUACAGGUAUUAUACUAAGAUAUAUGGACCAUAAGACCGUGUUUUCCUUGUCAUUUUUCUUGUUUUCCGUGGAUUUUUUCCUGUAUUCUACUAUCAGAAACCCCGUAUGGGCUUUGCCUAUCGAAGUGAUCAAUGGCUUCACGUUCGGACUGUCGUACUCAACUGCUAUUUCGUAUGCGGCUAUUUUAGCUCCCACUGGGUCCGAAGGAACGCUCCAGGGAAUCGUCGGAACAGCCAUAUGUGGAAUAGGUUUGCCAUUUAAAGAUGGCGUGGUAUUGUGAUGUUAAUAUUAUAAUAUUUUUGUUUUAGGAACACCAAUUGGAAGCAUCGUUGGCGGAUACAUGUUCAAACACUUGGGGAGUCUAGCUACUUUUAAGAUACUACCCAUAAUUGCGUUGAUUUUGUGCAUUGCACAAAUGACUAUUAAUCAAUUGACGAUCCGUGGACGUAAAAAUGCGAACGUCCAUAGUCAGUGCACUCUGAGCAUAGAGACAACUAAAACUAACGUGGAUGAUAAUAACACGAAAUUUUAGAUUAAAAAUAACUUAUACAUUUUUAAUCAGUUAGAAAAAUGUUCGGUCUGUUUAUGUCAUUUUUUUUAUUUAUUUAUUUUUUGUAUAAUUUUUUACUAUAAUUAUUAUUACUUUUUGAAUUCCAUCUAUUGGCACAAAAUAAUAAAAAUAAAUAAUUACACAAAAACUCUGACGAAAAGUUAUAUUGACCACAUUCGCCGAUUGUGACGAAAAUCACAUAAUAUAAUUUUAUCGAAAAUUAAAUACUAUUAUUUUUUUAUGUCGCACAAUAUUAUAAAAUCCAUUGUAUUACUGGCGCAGUGGCGCAAAAUAUAAUCAAGUAGUUAUCACCUAUGUAAUACUAUAAAAUAUUAUCUGCUGAAUAAUGUUUGAAAAUACUGUAAAUAAGUAGCUAAAACAUACGAAGAUUUAGGAUUGAUAUUAAGACU